AUGAAGAAAACAUUUACCUUUUUAUCAGGUCGUUUGUCCACCCAGGACAAAGACAAAAGCUCCAGCUCAUCUGUCCGUAAUGAGGCUGCGUACCUGAAACGUCGAGAACAAGUCCGCAAAGCUCAACGCACACAUCGAGAGCGCAAGGAUCAGUACUUGAAGACGCUGGAAAGCGAGGUCUUGCGUCUACGAGCCAAUGAAGCUGACUUCAUGAAGAAGAUUCAAGAAUUGGAAACACAUAUAUUUCACCUGCAAGAAGCUGUGAAGCGCAGUGAUGUUGAGCUGCCCGCAAUCGAAGAGUACAGUCGAAGUGCUCCAAGAUCGGAGGUCCAAUUGCCGGUUCUCGCAUCGUCCAGAACCAGCAACGUCGCCCACGAUGUUUCUACGCCACAUUCAGCAUUGCAAAACACAUAUUCUGUGAAUGAAAUUACGUGCUCGUUAUCUUCCCAUAGCCCUGCAGCCAAUCAACCCACAGAAUCCACGAGGUCAUCCCUAAUUACCUAUGGCAUGGAGUUCGUCUUGACACUUGAAAAGCCCUGUCUUGGCCACAUCGAUGUUGAUUUGACAAAAUCGAGCGAGCCUUCCGGCCACGUCUUGACCGCCUCUAUGGCUCUGUUGAAUACUUGUCACUAUCCGCAUUCCUUUACGGAUGACUUGCCCUCGCUGGAAGCAUCGAAGACAAUCUUUGACCGUUUAACGGUCUUGUCUUCUGAGCUCGUUCACGACGAUGAAUUGAGUCCUAUACAACUAUGGAACUAUAUUGUCGGUCAGCCAUUUGGAUAUGAAUUGAAUAUCAGCCAGCUCCGCGUACUGGCCGAAAAUCUACUCCAUCACGUGAAAUGUUAUGGAUUUGGCGCAGUCGUGGAGAAAGAUGUCUGUGUGAAUAUGGUGGCUCAGCUGUUGGCCGUCAGUUGA